UUUCUCAACAAAAUCUUCGAAACCAAAGCGAAAAUGGGCAGAGAUCGAAACUAUGCGCUCCUAGAAAAGCGAGAACUCUCUGGAGGAGGAGGAGAAGAAGAGGCCGAAGCUCCGUCGAAAGGAAAAUCCAGGAGAGGGCGAGAGGAUUCCUAUUCGGAAUCUGAUUCCGGGGAAGACCGGAGCAGGUCUCGAAGGAAAGCUCGGGAAAGUUCCGAAUCGGAAGAUAAGAGAGAUGGCAAAAAUAAGGCUAAACUGGAGAUUAGAAAGAGGAAGUCUCGAAGACGUUACAGUAGCGAAGAGGACUCGGAUUCUGAUUCCGAGUCGGAGUCGGAGGAUUCUGGUUCGGAAUCGGAGGAGAGUGGCUUGGAUUCGGAUUCUAAGAGUGAGAGCGAGGGAGAGAGGAGGAGGAGGAAGAGGAGGGAGAGGAAAAAGAGAGAGGAGGAGAGGGAGCGGAAAAGGAGGAGAAAAGAAAAAGAGAAGAGGAGAAAAGAGAAAGAAGAAGAGAAAAAGAGGAAAGAGAAACGAAAGAAGAAGCAGAAGGAGAAGAAGGAGAGAGGGAAGAAAGGACCGGUGACGAACUUGUGGGGAAAGUAUGGAAUUAUUAGAGAAACCGAUAUGUGGACUAAACGGCCUGAGUUCACUGCAUGGUUGGGAGAAGUUAAACAGGUGAAUCUGGAAAGUUUGCCUAAUUGGGAAGAGAAGCAGAUGUUUAAAGUGUUCAUGGAAGACCAUAAUACAGCUACCUUUCCUUCCAAGAAGUAUUAUAACCUUGACGCAUAUUACAGACACAAAAUGGAAAAAGACCAGAAAAAAGGUAUCAAAAAGUUCCUGCAAUCAGAACGUACGGUAUUCAAUGAUGAAGAACAGCGACGGCAAGAGCUCAUGCGAGAACGUGAAAAACAAAAGGCGGAAGAGGUGGAAACUUUAAAGCGGUCUAUGCAGAGUGGAAUGGCACAAGCAAUGAAAGAGCAAGCUCAGCUCAGGGAGGAGAUGGCUUACCAGUACAAGAUUGGAAACUUUGAGGCUGCAGCUGCUAUUCAGAGACGAUUGGACCCGGAUGUUGCUAUGUAAAGAUGGAUGGGCUAUAUUAAUUUGCACAAUCACCUUGAUGCAUCUUAUGUUCUUCACUUUGCAAAUAUAAAGGUUCAGAGGGAUCCCACGCAUGGAGCUGACAAAUCCUUCUCAAGUUUCCCGUGUGGUGGGAGAGCUACCUAUAUUCAUACCAUGUUGGUGAUUGGAAAAGUUUGUGCUUAGUUCCCUUUUUUCCUCUUUUUAAUGCUUGUGGACAGAUUAUGAGGUAGCUCCUAAACUUUUGCCUACCGACAUCAUUGGUGAGUCAAAACGGGCCCUAGGUGGUGACUGCAACAACUGUGAUGAAAUGUAAACUUAAAAUAGCCAAAGACUACAGGGAUGAGGUAUCUAUCACCUCUCCUCCUUUUCCCUGAAUCACACACUAUAUGAUGCAGCCUGAUGCAAGGCUUGAGUUUUGUUCUCCUAGAAACUCGACAAUACGCAAGUCAAUGUUUAUUUCAUUAGUUUAUCUCAA